UUGGACUACGCCUGGCGCCGGUCAGCCCCUGUUGGGGACGAACCCCGGACACGCCCCCGGUCCUCGCACUUCAUCCUGGUGGCCCCCACUUCCGCCUCUGCGCCCUGGGUUCCAGGGGCCCCGGGCGGGCCCGGAGGGCCGGGGUCUGGAGCGCCCCCGAGCGGACCCCAGGCCAGCGCUGCGGGUGACCUUGGCUGAGCCUGGACUUCCUCCUUGCACCAGCACCCAGCCUGCAAGUUCCCUUCACUGAGGGCGCAGCGAGGGAGCUGUCAGGACCCGGGCGGACAAGGGUGCAGGUUACUACACAGGCCUCCGACCUCAUGACCUAGGUGGGGAGUGCUAUUAACAUUGAGUGUCCUCCAACAGUGGAUCCUCAGCAGAGGUCCCCUGGAAGAAGAACUCUCUCCAGCAGCAACUAUGUCUCUGCAAAGACAGAGACCUUUGGUCUGAGGGUCACUUCUCAGCUUCUGGGCCCCCUGACAGUCUGCAGCUGCCACCACCAUAACUCUGCCUCACCUUCUCAACCGCUCCAUUAAGCUGGAGAAAAACUGGAUUUCAGUCUUCCAGAAGCUUUUCAAAUCAUCUUUCCAAAGCUUCAUGCUCAUCACUUCUGCAGCAACAGGCUGCCAAUUCCAAAUUACCAAAAUAAAAGAGGAGCACACAAAACACAGAUUCUAAAAAUAAAUAACCUUACAAGGAAAACCGGCCAAGGUUCAGCUUGUAUCUGUCUUUGACAAAAGUCAUGCCAAUUUUGGUAGCUGUGAGACGAACUAUACACAUCGUCUCCAACUCAGGUACUGUAAAAGCUAACAUGACCAAGCACCCCUCCCAUCCCUCCCAGGCAAGGGGUACAUGAAGCUCACUGUUGGCCAAGCUGCUGUGUUGGAGCAGCAGUCAGCAGGCCUGUUCUGUGAAAGGCCAGACAGUGUUUUAGCCCAGUGGGUCUCAACAGGAACAGUUCUGUCCCCCAGAGGACUUACCAAUGUCAGGCUAAACUUUUGGGUGUCACAAGUGAAGGAGUCUGCUGGCAUCCAGUUUAGUAGAGGGCAGAGAUGAUGCUGAACCUCCUACACACUUAAGACAGUCCUUCCUACACCCUCAACAAAGACCACCUGGCCCAAAAGGCUAAAAUGAUGAGAUUGAGACACAUUUGCUCUCUGUCACACAUUUAUCUUUGCUGUUAUUUUGGAGUUUGUUUUUGUACGGGGAUUAAGUGUGACCUUGUUUCAAGAUAAAAAAAUUAAAAGGCUGGGGAUGUAGCUCAGUGGUUAAGUGUCCCCAGGUUCAAUCUGCAGUAUCAAAUAAAAAAAUAGCCUUGGGCCAUUGGGUGCCAUCCCUGCUCUACAGGUCCCCAGUGAGACCCAAUAACAACCAAGCCACUGGCAAGAAGUCAAGGGCUCUGGUGUCACAGAAACUAUUCAGCAAGUCCUCGACUCUGGGCUGGACUACUACCUUUCUCCUGCAGUGCAGAGUUGCUCAAUUCCUAUUUUCCAAGUAGUCUUCUACCACCACACUUUCUAGUCUACCUACAACCUCAACUAUGUAAACAGUUACUCCAUGUAGCAGGGAGCAUCUUGGCAUUCGUCUUAUUCAAGAGAGAAAUGGUGACAAUAUUCAUUUCAGGAAAACAUUCUCUUAUUUUAUUUUCAUUUCAGCAAAUGUUCUCAUUUGGCACCUAACUGGCAUCAAACCAAAGACUUCAGGCCAACAAACCUGGGCUGCUCACAAGCCCCCAAAAGUCGGUCUCCAUGCCAUGAGCAUCAGAGCACCUGUUUCCCUUUGGUCCCUUAGGAAGGCCUAAAUCUGUCUCAGAUGCACUAAUGAUGCUGGCCACAAGGUGGUGGGAAAGUCCUGAAAUUGCAGUCUACUGGACUAGGAAGCCAAGCUAUGACUUGCUAGUAGUGUUUUUUCAGGUAGCAGGUAUCCAGAUAGGGUCCUGAUCAUGCUCUUAUUAAGCAUUCUUCUGCCUCUGCCGGACCUGGAAUGAAGAAAGGGUCAUUCUCCCUCAUGGCACAGGGGAUCUGUGAGCUCUUCGGUCAGUGCUGCUGGCUGGACAAAAUCCUAGUCCAGUUUUGCCACCUUCGUAAAGAAGUACAUCCCCAGGAUCCAUGCUGAAGACUCGGAGCCCAAUGGGGCAUUUUCUUUAUGUGUGGUUUCCUUCUGUAAGAGAAGUUCAGGGCUGCCUGGGCUGGAUCCCUUUUUAGGAUCUCAAUUCAGGAGCUACUCAAAGGAUGAAUAACAGGAAAUACAGUUCAAGGAUGGAGGCUGCUCUUUUUUAACCCUGCUGAAGAAACAAUGUUAGACAUCACUGGCAUUGAGAAAAGUGGACAUUCAGCUGGGCACAGACUUGCUUUCAGACCAGGAUCUUUUCUCCAGCGUGAUGCAAGUAGGGCCUCAUCCAGAAGGCCAGCAGUUCAGUUGUGCAGCUCUCCUUCUCCAAUCCCUGAGAGACUAGUUGACGCGACAGGCGCGGAUCAUGAGCAGCUGCAGGAGAAUGAAGACCGGAGAUGCGAUCAGGCCAAACCAGAGCUCUCUUGUCUGCUCCACCAGCUUCUGGCACAGCAGCAUCUCAAAGACGAACUUGAGGCUAAGGACCGUAAGAACCCAGAAGAGACGCAGCACUGCCAGCCGCUUCUCCCCAUCUUGGAAGAGGCGCACGGACACGAUAGUGGUAAAGUAGGUGCUGAGUCCGUCAGCUGCAAAGAAGGGCACGAACACGUUCCACCAGGAGAGGCCCGGGGCUAGGCCGUCCACUCUCAGUGCCAGAAGCACGGAGAACACCAACAGGGCCAGCAGGUGCACGAAGAUCUCGAAGGUGGCGAAGCCCAGCCACUGAACCAGCUCCCGCAAGGAGAAGAGCAUCUCGCCGGCCGAGCGCUGGCCGGAGCCCGGCCGAGCGCGCCCCUCCCAGCGCCGCGCCUCUUCUGUCCACGGGCCCGGCCGCCGCCCGCCGCCGCUGCGAGCGGGAGGCAGCGAGCGGCCCCGCCUGCGCCAGUCCCCAGCCCCGGAGCGCCGCCGAUCCCCCGGCUACGGUCCGGGACCCAGCACUGGCCGCUCGCGGACGCCCGCCGCGCCCGGACGCCAUGCCCUGCCGGCGCGAGCUGAUGGCGUCACUUCCGGUCGACGGCGGAAGCGGGAGUCGGCAGCGACUUCCGGGCCGGCUCCUGCGGCGGGGCUCCUGGCGCCCUAAGAUGCCUACUCCGCGGCUGUUGGUGCUCUUCGGCAGCCAGACCGGCACGGCUCAGGAUGUGGCCGAGAGGCUGGGCCGCGAGGCGCAGCGCCGGCGGCUGGGCUGCCGCGUGCAGGCGCUGGACUCGUAUGCCGUGGCCAAUCUGAUCAGGGAGCCCUUGGUGAUAUUUGUUUGUGCGACUACUGGGCAAGGAGACCCUCCUGACAACAUGAAGUCCUCUUCCCCUUCCCGAUACCCUCCCUGCUACAGGGUCAGCCUAGAGGUCGGGGCCCUGACGUGGGUUUCCUGUGCCUGUAGAACUUCUGGAGGUUUAUAUUCCGGAAAAACCUGCCGUCCACUUCCCUGUGUCAGAUGGACUUUGCCGUCGUGGGCCUUGGGGACUCCGCCUACACCAAUGGGGCAGCCUCGCUGUAUCCACAGGUUCAACUUUGUGGCCAAGAAGUUGCACCGCCGGCUGCUGCAGCUUGGGGGCAGUGCCCUCAUGCCCAUGUGCUUGGGGGAUGACCAGCAUGAGCUGGGGCCUGAUGCCACCAUCGACCCCUGGUUGGGAGACCUGUGGGAAAAGGUGCUGAGGUUGUACCCAGUGCCCCUUGACCUCCCUGUGAUCCCCCCUGGAGUCCCCUUACCCUCCAAGUUCACCCUCCAGUUCAUCCAGGAGGCCCCCAACCCAGGCUCCAAGGAGUCGUGCCUAGCCAGCCCAGAGUCUCUGGGACCCCCGUCAGAGUCCCAGCCCUUCCUGGCACCCAUGGUCACCAACCAGAGGGUCACAGGUCCCUCACACUUCCAGGAUGUUCGGCUGAUUGAGUUCGACAUCACAGACUCUGGCCUCAGGUCCCCACCUGAGGCUCCAGUGCACCAAGGUCUUCUGCUUCCACUGCAGAUGUCCCCUGCCCACCAGAACUGCCCCAGCCCUGUUCCGUGUGGCACCUCGUGUCCCAGUACCUGGAUAUUGCCAGCGUGCCUCGUCGCUCCUUCUUUGAGCUCCUGGCCUGUCUCUCCCUGCACGAGCUGGAGCGAGAGAAGCUGCUGGAGCUCAGUUCUGCCCAAGGCCAGGAAGAUCUCUGCGAGUACUGCAGCCGGCCUCGCAGGACCAUCCUGGAGGUGGGCGAGUCGGUGGGGAGGCCACAGAGCCCUGAGCCAUGGUCGCUGUGGCUCUGCUGAGACUCUCUCUGUCCAGGUAUUGUGUGACUUCCCACACACAGCGGGUGCCAUCCCCCCAGACUACCUGUUGGACCUCAUCCCACAGAUCCGGCCGCGGGCCUUCUCCAUCGCCUCCUCCCUGCUGGUUCAUCCUAGGCGGCUCCAGAUCCUUGUGGCUGUGGUGCAGUACCAGACACGCCUCAGGGAGCCCCGCCGGGGUCUCUGCUCCUCCUGGCUGGCAUCCCUGGACCCGGAGAAAGGACCUGUCCAGGUACCUCUGUGGGUGCGACCUGGGGGCCUGGCCUUCCCAGAGACACCAGACACACCUGUGAUCAUGGUGGGGCCUGGCACUGGCGUGGCCCCCUUCCGAGCAGCUAUUCAGGAACGCGUGGCCCAGGGCCAGACUGUCUCGAGGCCCCCUUUGUGUUCUCCAGGAAACUUCUUGUUUUUUGGCUGCCGCUGGCAGGACCAAGACUUCUACUGGGCAGCUGAGUGGCAGGAACUGGAGAAGAGGGGCUGCCUGACUCUGGUCACAGCCUUUUCCCGGGAGCAGGGGCAGAAGGUGUACGUGCAACACCGACUCCGGGAGCGAGGACCACUGGUCUGGGAGCUGCUGGACCACCAUGGCGCCUACUUCUAUUUGGCCGGCAAUGCUAAGUACAUGCCAGCAGAUGUCACGGAAGCCCUGAUGUCCAUCUUCCAGGAGGAGGGUGGGCUCUCCCACCCCAAUGCAGCUACCUACCUUGCCAGACUCCAGCGGACACUGCGCUUCCAGACUGAGACCUGGGCCUGAGAAGCCACCUAGCCAAGGGGCCAGUUGUCACCUCUUGACCCUGUUUAAUACCUGAGUCCUGGAACCAUAUCAGACCAGGGCUGGGGCUCCCAGGCCUCAGCUGGCUCAAAGGGCCCUCCUUGCACACAGGCACACUCCAGGGGACCCAGAACCCCACACUCUCAGCCUUGACUCCACUGGCUCCUCUCACUUGCACCACACCAUCCCAUUUCCCCAUCAGGUUGGUGCCCUGGUCUGGUGCAGUGCCCCAGGAAGGCCCCACCCUGAUGGGUACCAGGAGCCGGUGAGGGCUCCACUGCCCUCUGUAGCUUGCAGCGACCAUGCUGUUCCGGUCACCCUGUAGCACCCACAGAGCUUGGGCUAUGGUUGGAGGCCACCAGGACCCCCUGACUUUCUGAGAAGCAGAUCCUUUGCUGAUCCUGGAAACCUUGGCAAUAAACAUGGCCUCUGGACAGCUGCACCCAUGUGUGCUUUUCUACCUUCCUGGUGCUAUGGGUGGUGGGUGGGCCACAGCUCCUCUGCACGGGUUGAACUGGGGAUGACCCUUUCCUGGCACAUGCACCUGUAUGGGCACUCUUAAGCCAUUGGUCAGCUGUCUUCCUGAGCGCCCUUGUACUAGGGUGUUGUACCUGGAUGGUGAGCGCCUGCCAUUGCACACUUGUACCUAAGGUCUUGAACUCAGCCCCAGCCCUGCCCCACCGCCAACUACCAAGCAGCAGGUCCUCCAGAACCACGAGGAGGCGCUGGGACUGGGGGCGGGGCGCCGAGGGGCGAGGCAUGCAGUCCCGCCCCUUGGCGGGGCCCUGACUCUAGGAGGGGCACACUGUGGGAGGAGUCCACGUCUGCGAGGAGCUGAGGAGUGUUUGUCCGUGCUCUCUGGAGGGACCCCGCUUGGGCCGUGGAGCCACCUGGAGCUGGCACGCAGCAGCGGCCCAUAAGAAGUUUACUCCCAUUGGGGCCAGCAAGCCCAGAGGUGCGACUGGAGGUCAGUGCUCCUACGAAACAGCGGGUGGAGUGCAGAUCCUGCCGAGACCCGAGGGCCACAGACUCACCCCACGACCGCCUC